AUCAUUUUUUAUUCUUUUCUUUUUUUCUCACUUUAUUAUCUGUUCUUAGUGUAAACUAGUCGUUCAUGAGCGAUUCGUUCAUUUUGAACGAAUCAUAUAUGUGACUCAGAAGAACGAGUAUCUCAGAGAGUGAUUCGUUCAUCUUGUCUCGGCCGCGCAUGUGCAUUGCGCAACCUGCGUUCGUUUGUUACGUGAAAACCGAACAGGCGCUGUACAGGAAACAGAAAUGAUUAGUUCACCUCUCGAGUCUUUUGGUCUGAAUCGUUUGUUCUUUUGUCACGUGACCGCCGUAUACGCAAUGCACGUACGUCUGUCACGUGACAAAAGAACGAACGACUCGGACAAGAUUGAAACAGUAUAAAGCAGCUACUCAACACGUGGCCCGCGUUAUGAUAUCAUCAUCAGAAAUAUAUUUAUCAGCAGCGAAUCAAAUCUGUAUGAAUUGUGUCCAUUUUCACGAGGAUUUACGCUAGUUCUCUACAUUGCUGAAUCACAUUAAAGAGGGAAUUCAACUGCAAGAUGUUACAAAAAAAAAAAAAUAAUAAUAUCUGAGCAUGUCUGAUGUUAUGAGAGCGGCGGUCGGUCUACGUGCGUGCCCACGCGCUGUCUGUCAAUCAAACAUGCGCGCUCACUAUCUCACUUCAACAUGGCGCGAAUCUGUCCAGUCUCUCGGAUAGCUCAUGAGAGAUACAGUAUGUACUCAUCAUGACAACAAUAUUUACAGGAGAAAUAACCGUUUUUCCUGCAGUGACGGGGUUGAGACACUUUCAAAUGUAUCAACAUACCAAUGACAGUAACUCCAGUGGCGACAGCAGUGCCUCAGAUCACAGCAUUGAAGAACCUCCUUCUUUGAACCAGACAAUGUGGAACAAGACCAGAGAGACGGGUAUCUACCAGUCUGAUCAUGCACAUUUUAACAGAUCGCAUGAUGAUGCCAGUCUAAUUAAUCCCGGCCCUCCAGCACAGUACCGUCUAAACACGGCAAGAAUAAACUUUGAUGGGACUGAUGGAAAGGUCAGACUGUGGACAUAUGGGAAAAAAGACAGAAGCAAGCAAAACAAAAUCAUACUGAUAGUGGGAGAAACCGGUACUGGUAAGACCACCAUCAUCAACACCAUGGUCAACUAUUUACUGGGGGUGAAGUUUAAGGAUGAAAAGUAUUAUGAGAUCACAGAAGAACAAGAACACAAAGAUCAAACUAAAUCCCAGACAUCUGCAAUCACUGUCUAUGAGGUGUUUGAUGAUGAGAACCCAAUAUCUCUCACCAUUAUUGAUACUCCAGGAUAUGCAGCCACUGAAGGAUUUGAGAAAGAUGGAGAGAUUGCUGAAUAUCUGGCCAAAUUAUUUUCAAGUGAGUUUGGGAUAAAGUUUAUUGACGCAGUUUGUUUUGUGAUGAAGGCAUCUCAGAAUCGUCUCUCUGGAAAAGAGUUUUACAUCUUCCACUCAGUUCUGUCUCUGUUUGGUCGAGAUAUAGAGAACAACAUUGUGUGCUUACUCACACAUUCAGAUGGAGGACCACCUACAAAUGCAAUAAAUGCAAUUAACAAAGCUAAGAUCCCCUGUAGAAGAGAUGAAGAAAAUCAGCCUGUUCAUUUCUUAUUCAACAACUGUCAGAAAGAGAAAAGAGACAAACGGUAUAAGCGUGUUUUUAAAUCAGCUUGGGAACUGGGAGAGGAAAGUAUGGACGAAUUAUUGUCACUACUGGAAGAAAACAACAGAAAAAGUGUCCAGAUGACAUUAGAAGUUCUGAAAGAGCGGAAACGACUUGAGGCCUGUAUCUCCAACCUGAAUGAGCAAAUCACUGAGAAGGAGUUAAAAAUGAAAGAACUGAGUGAGAUUCAGGAAGUGCUUAAAGAGAACAGGGAAAAAAUAAAGAAUUGUGAAAACUUUCAGUUUACAGUCAACAGAGUUUACAAAGAAAAAGUCUCCAUUGAGAAUGAAUGGUGGUGGAGCAGUUAUGCGACCUGCUGCACUGUCUGUGAGGAGAACUGUCACAACUACUGCUGGUGGGUUUCUCCCAAUAAUCUCUCAAUGUGUUCAGUCAUGUUAAACAGCUACUGUACUGUGUGUACAGGGAAGUGUCAUUACACCAAACAUGUCAAAGAGAACAAAAAAUAUGUGUCAAAGACAAAGAAAGUCACUCUGACAUUUAAUGAUCUGGAAAAGGAGUAUGAACGCACUGGUGACAAGCCUUUGACAAGAUUUGACAAAGACAAAUAUAAAAAGAUUAAAAGGGAACAUGAAAGCAACAUGAAACUGUAUGAGGAGAAAACAGACAUAGAGGAAAAAAAUAGCAGACGGCUGGCAGAAAUUGAAAAAGAAAAGUCCAACCUGGUGAAUGAAGCUUACAGCACCAUCAUGAAUCUGAGUAAGAUUGCAUUGAAAGCAGACAGCGCGUUCACUCUACAGUAUCUGGAUUUCUUGAUUCCCAGACUGGAGGAGGAGGGAAGAGAGGAAUGGAUGAAGAACCUGGAGGAUCUGAGAAAAGCUGCAGAUGAGGAUAAAAAUAAGGGGGCUUUACAUCACCUGAGAGAAUUUAGUGGCCGAAAAUUUUACCAAUUUGCCAAUUAUUUCUCUGUUAAAAAGGAAUAAAAUUAAACAAAUAUUUUACAGACAAGAUGAAAAAGCAGAACGGAUGUUUCUUGAGACUGUUAAAAAAAAAAAUUAUUUCACAGCCAUGUAACUGACACUUUAUCGGUUAUUUGGAUUUUAUUCGAAACACUCAAUUAAGCAUUAAUUUAGUUAUAGUCUACCUGUGAAAAGAUUAUGAAUAGAAUAGAAUAGAAUAGAAUAGAAUAGAAUAGAGGAUUGUUGGUUGCAAAUGGAUAAAAAAUACAUAGAAAUACCAUGUAUAUUUUAUUUUACAAAAAAUUAUAAUAAUAAUAAUUAGGCUCAGAGUUAUGGCCUAAAAGGAAUCACACACACUUUGUUUGGAUCAAUAUUAAUUGACCCUUCGCUAAGCCCCACCUUAAAAGUGCUUCUGACCAGAGGCGUGUCCAGGAUUUUUUGCCAGGGGUGGAGGGGUGUUGCAGUGUUUUCUGCGUAGGAUUUCAGUCCGGCCGGGUGGGGGUUGUGUUGGGGGGAGGUUGUCGGCUGUGGAGUAAUGCUGUGUCCUGCCAAAUGUCAGAGCGAGGGGGGUGGGUGGGGGUGCAGAAUGUUUCGGGUCGUGUUGGAGUGGCAAGUGGGGUGGCAAAGCUCAUUUUUAGGAUGGCAGCUGCCACCCUUCUUGCCCUGUCCCUGCUUCUUACCAAUCCUGUCUUAGCAA